CACGGGUAUAGUCGACGUCUCCCUCUCGCAAGAUGGCAAGCAAAGUCGCCCGAGUCCUGUCGGUGUUGAGCGCGACUUCUGUGGUGACGGCUACUCUCACUUGGCCCCCGAGCUUGCCAUCUGUUCCAGAGACGUAUCCCAAUCUGACAGCUUGUGUCAAUGAGCCCUUGACCUAUUCUUGUGAGAACACUACGGCCAUCGCAAAUACCUGCUGUUCGCCCACCCCGGGAGGGCUAGUACUGCAAACUCAAUUCUGGAGUACCUACACGGGUCUGGAGGCUCAAGGACAAUUGCUGCCCAAGAACAGCUGGACGAUCCACGGGUUGUGGCCGGACAAUUGUGACGGGUCCUAUGAACAGUACUGCGACCUGUCCCGGCAAUACGAUCCUGACCCGUCACCGAAAGUACUUCCGAAUGGAACGCCUGUCCCAGCAUACACAGGUCCUAGCGUGGUGACCUUCAUUGAGGCCUUCCACCGCUACGAUCUUUUGGACUAUAUGAACAAAUACUGGGUCAACCAGGGCGCAUCCAACCCCACUUUUUGGGCUCAUGAGUUCUCCAAGCAUGCAACGUGUACUUCAACGUUCGACGUAGCUUGCUACGGGCCUGAUUACAUCGAGCAUGAAGACGUGAUCAACUUCUACGAUGCCGUAGUCAGGGCAUUCAAGAUGUACCCUACCUAUGACAUGCUGGCUGCAGUUGGUAUCAGGCCAUCCAAUAAGACAACGUACUCUCUAGCGCAGCUGCAAACUGCCCUUAGGUCGCAGACAGGUGCUACGCCGUAUCUAGGGUGUGGCUACAAUGGAACUGUGCUUCAGGAAGUAUGGUACUUCCAUCACGUUCUCGGCAGUGAGCAAUAUGGUCAUUAUAAGACACUGGACUCUACUACGAACUCGACUUGUUCCACCACCAAGGGCAUCUGGUAUUAUGAGCCAACGCCUUCGUCCGUCCGUGAAGUACGGUAAAAGCUGCAUGAUCACUCGUCGUCCGUCUAGCUGUGUUGUCGAAGUUUAGCAACGCCCUUCCACAAAAUGGGAGGUUAAUUGAACAUAGUCGUAUAAGAUGAUUCAAUACGACAUUGUAAGCAAAAUUAUCCGAGAUAUUGAAGCUGUGUGAGAUGGUCGUGGAG